UUUUCUCACAAAAGUGUGGACGUAAUCAAUCGGAGCUCCGCGAAAGUUAUUUUGCAAACAUCUUAACAACUAAAAAAAUUUCUCAGAAGUCUAUUAAAAACUCAACAAACAAGUGAAAGUUUAAAAAAUUCUUUAUGGGUGAUUCUUUGGAAAACCCAGAUACCUCGGUAGAGGCAGUGCAAAAUGUCACCAUUGUGGAUUAUGGUGCCUUUGCCAAUUAUAUACGCAAAGCUGUUACUAUUCUAUUGCCGGAGGAAGAUGUGGUGCCACCGGCUUUAAAUACGGCCCUGGAGGAUCCUGAUAACCAGGAGAGAAUAAAAAAGUUUUUAUCGGAUCCCCAAAUUCAAGCUUUGUACAUUCAAAGAAAUUGUCUGAAAGAAGAUGAAAAUGAGCAGCCUGCUGAGGGUGAGGAGGAAAAGGAGUUCGUCACCUAUCAAAUCAGCAAUGAUGUUCACUUCACCAAUAGCCGCAUGGCUUCAUUGGCUUGCAUAAAACGUGGCACUGUCAUCGAAGCCGACAAGUCCAUACAUUCUCAAUUACGUCUUAUCAACUUUUCGGAUGGUUCACCCUACGAAACGUUGCAUGCUUUCAUUAGCAAAUCUUUGGCACCCUACUUCAAGUCCUAUGUCAAAGAAUCCGGUCGUGCCGAUCGUGAUGGUGAUAAAAUGGCACCAUCUGUGGAGAAGAAAUUGGCCGAAUUGGAGAUGGGUUUGUUGCAUUUGCAACAAAACAUUGAUAUACCGGAAAUAACCCUGACGGCUCAUAAUUCGGUUAAUGCCGUUAUACGUAAGUGUGCCGAUGAAAAUCGCAAGGCAAAAGUGGCUGAUUUUGGGGAUAAGGUUGAGGACUCGUCAUUCCUGAAUCAGUUGCAAAACGGUGUCAAUCGUUGGAUAAAGGAAAUCAAGAAAGUAACCAAGUUGGAUCGCGAUCCUUCUUCUGGCACUGCCUUGCAGGAAAUUUCCUUUUGGCUUAAUUUAGAACGCGCCCUUUAUCGUAUCCAAGAAAAGCGGGAGAGUCCUGAGGUGGCUCUGACCUUGGAUAUUCUCAAGCAUGGCAAACGUUUUCAUGCCACUGUUUCGUUUGAUACGGACACUGGCCUUAAGCAGGCCUUGGCCAUGGUGGCCGACUACAACCCCCUGAUGAAAGAUUUCCCCAUCAAUGAUCUUUUGUCUGCCACCGAAUUGGAAAAAAUUCGUCCUGCUGUACAGCAGAUUUUUGCCCACUUGCGCAAAGUUCGCAACACCAAAUAUCCCAUACAACGUUGCCUCAAACUGAUCGAGGCCAUUUCCCGUGAUUUAUCUCAACAACUGCUGAAGGUUUUGGGUACCCGUCGCCUCAUGCACAUUCCAUUCGACGAAUUUGAACGUGUCAUGAACCAGUGUUUCGAGAUCUUUGGUUGUUGGGAUGAUGAGUAUGAUAAAUUGCAAGGUCUUCUUCGUGACAUUGUCAAGAAGAAACGUGACGAACAUUUGAAGAUGGUUUGGCGUGUGUCGCCAGCGCACAAAAAGUUGCAAACUCGCAUGGAACAUAUGCGCAAAUUUAGACGCCAACAUGAACAGCUGCGUACUGUGAUUUUACGUGUAUUGCGCCCCACCAAACAGCAACAACAAAUUGAGAAUAAUGCUGGUGAUACCAAGCAACCCUACAGCCUGGAAGCUGAUGAUGCCAAUGCCAUUGAAGAGGUCAAUUUGGCCUAUGAGAAUGUCAAGGAGGUUGACUGCUUGGACAUCUCCAAGGAGGGAUCUGAGGCAUGGGAAGCAGCUGUAAAACGUUAUGAGGAACGUAUUGAUCGCGUUGAGACACGCAUUACAGCUCAUUUACGUGACCAAUUGGGCACUGCCAAGAAUGCCAAUGAAAUGUUCCGCAUUUUCUCUAGAUUCAAUGCUCUUUUCGUAAGACCUCAUAUUAGAGGAGCUAUAAGAGAAUAUCAGACCCAACUGAUUCAAAGGGUAAAGGAUGAUAUUGAAGCCUUGCAUGAGAAAUUUAAGGUUCAAUAUCCCCAAUCGAAAAGCUGUCGCUUAUCCACUGUUCGCGAUUUGCCUCCUGUAGCUGGUUCUAUCAUUUGGGCUCGUCAAAUUAACAAUCAAUUGACCAUGUAUUUGAAACGCGUUGAAGAUGUCUUGGGCAAAGGCUGGGAAUCCCAUAUUGAGGGACAAAAACUGAAGGCCGACGGUGAUAGUUUCCGUGCCAAGUUGAACAUCGAUGAAGUUUUCCAGGAAUGGGCACGUAAAGUGCAAGAACGUAAUUUUGGCAGUACCGGCCGUAUAUUCACCAUUGACUCGGCUCGUUCCCGUCUGGGAAAGGGAAAUAUUUUGAAGUUGCGUGUCAACUUUUUGCCCGAGAUUAUAACCCUCUCCAAAGAGGUUCGCAACAUUAAAAAUUUAAAUUUCCGAGUUCCCUUGGCCAUUGUCAAUAAGGCCCAUCAGGCCAAUCAAAUUUAUCCCUAUGCCAUUUCUCUGAUUGAAAGUGUUCGAACAUAUGAACGCACUCUGGAAAAGCUAAAUAAUAGGAGUUUAGCACAAAAUUCUGUCUUCAAGAUCGAAGAUCGUGCCAGUAUUGUACCACUGGUGGCAGGUUUGCGCAAAGAAGUUCUUAAUUUGGUCUCUGAGGGUGUUGGCUUGGUCUGGGAGUCCUACAAGUUGGAUCCAUAUGUGUUGCGUCUAUCGGAAUGUGUAACACAAUUCCAGGAAAAGGUUGAGGAUCUUCUGGUAGUCGAGGAGCAACUGGAUGUUGAUGUGCGUUCUUUGGAGACUUGUCCCUAUAGCGCUGCCACCUUUGUAGAGAUUCUCUCCAAGAUUCAACAUGCUGUCGAUGAUUUAUCUUUGCGCCAGUACUCCAAUCUAAGUGUCUGGGUACAGCGUCUUGAUGAAGAGGUAGAAAAGAAAUUGGCCAUGCGCUUACAGGCUGGCAUUCAAGCCUGGACUGAAUCUUUGACUGGCAACAAGAAGGAAGUUGAUCUUUCCAUGGACACUGAUGCUCCGGUCCAGCCUACUCAUAAACUGGGUGGUGAACCACAAAUACAAAAUGCUGUCCAUGAAAUACGCAUUACCAAUCAACAGAUGUAUUUGUAUCCCUCCAUUGAGGAGGCCAGAUUCCAAAUUAUGCAACAAUUAUUUGCUUGGCAGGCCAUUGUCACCUCUCAGGUGCGCUUGCAAAGUUCACGUUAUCAGGUUGGGCUGGACAAGCCCGUGUCGCAGACCUAUCGCAAUUUGUUGACCAAAUUGCCUGAUUGUAAGAUCCUGGAAAUGGCCUAUGAUGCCAUAGAGAGUAAAAUCGGUGAGGUACGCAACUAUGUGGAUGAAUGGUUGCGCUAUCAAUCAUUGUGGGAUUUGCAAGCCGAUACCUUGUAUGGGCGUCUGGGUGAAGAUGUCAAUCUAUGGAUAAAAUGUUUGAAUGAUAUCAAGAAAUCUCGCACCACUUUUGAUACUUCGGAUACGCGACGUGCUUAUGGGCCCAUCAUCAUUGAUUAUGCCAAGGUGCAAGCUAAGGUCACCUUGAAAUAUGAUUCGUGGCAUAAGGAGGCCUUGGGUAAAUUUGGAACAUUGCUGGGCAAUGAAAUGUCCACAUUCCAUACUAAAGUAUCCAAGUCCCGAACUGAUUUGGAAAUGCAGAGCAUUGAGGCCGCCAGCACCACCGAUGCCGUUAGCUUCAUAACCUAUGUCCAAUCUCUCAAGAAGGAAAUGCUUGUUUGGGACAAACAGGUGGAGGUGUUCCGUGAGGCCCAACGCAUUUUGGAACGCCAACGUUUCCAAUUCCCCAACAGCUGGCUACAUGUGGACAAUAUCGAAGGUGAAUGGUCGGCAUUCAAUGAAAUCAUAAAACGCAAGGAUACCGCCAUUCAAACUCAAGUGGCUAGUUUGCAAGCCAAGAUUGUAGCCGAAGAUAAGGCUGUGGAAACUCGCACCACUGACUUCCUUAAGGACUGGGAGGAUAAUAAGCCCACCGGAGGCAAGAUACGUCCUGAUGAUGCUCUACAGCAAUUGCAAUUGUUUGAAAGCAAGUACUCUCGCUUGAAGGAGGAGCGAGACAAUGUGGCCAAGGCCAAGGAAGCUUUGGAAUUACAGGAAUCUGCGGUGCCCAACAACAGUUCGGAGAGAAUGAAUGUGGCCCUAGAAGAAUUGCAAGAUUUGCGUGGUGUCUGGAGUGAAUUAUCCAAAGUAUGGACACAAAUUGAUGAGACACGCGAAAAACCAUGGUUGUCUGUGCAACCUCGCAAACUGCGCCAACAACUGGAGGCUUUGAUGUCACAAUUGAAGGAAUUGCCUGCCCGCUUGCGCAUGUAUGAAUCCUAUGAGUAUGUCAAGAAGUUAAUCCAAAGCUACAUCAAGGUUAACAUGUUGAUUGUGGAAUUGAAAUCGGAUGCCCUUAAAGAGCGCCACUGGAAACAACUGACCAAAGAGCUGCGUGUAAAUUGGGUCAUAUCCGAUUUGACUCUGGGUCAAGUGUGGGAUGUGAACUUGCAGAAAAACGAAAAUGUUGUCAAAGACAUUAUGCGUGUGGCUCAAGGAGAAAUGGCCUUGGAAGAGUUCUUGAAGCAAGUGCGUGACACCUGGCAAAGUUAUGAACUGGAUUUGAUUAACUAUCAAAACAAAUGCCGCAUUAUUCGUGGCUGGGAUGAUUUGUUCAAUAAGGUCAAGGAACAUAUUAAUUCAGUGGCUGCCAUGAAGCUGUCACCCUUCUACAAAGUCUUUGAGGAGGAAACCCUGACCUGGGAAGAGAAAUUGAAUCGCAUCAAUGCUCUAUUUGAUGUAUGGAUUGAUGUACAACGCAGAUGGGUCUAUUUGGAGGGCAUAUUUUCGGGCAGUGCUGACAUUAAAUCACUACUGCCCCAGGAGACCUCCCGUUUCCAGAGUAUUAGCUCGGAGUUUUUGGGUCUUAUGAAAAAGGUGGCCAAAUCACCAAAAGUAAUGGAUGUCUUGAAUAUUCCAGCAGUUCAAAGAUCUCUGGAACGUUUAGCCGAUCUCUUGGGUAAAAUUCAAAAGGCCUUGGGUGAAUAUUUGGAAAGAGAACGUACCUCCUUCCCUCGCUUCUACUUCGUGGGCGAUGAAGAUCUUUUGGAAAUUAUUGGCAACAGCAAGAACAUUGCGCGUUUGCAAAAGCAUUUCAAGAAAAUGUUUGCUGGCAUUGCAGCCAUUUUGCUUAAUGAAGAUAACACCAUUAUUCUGGGUAUAGCCUCACGUGAGGGCGAAGAGGUCAAAUUCAUUAAUCCCGUUUCAACUGUGGAACAUCCCAAAAUCAAUGAGUGGCUGACGUUAGUGGAAAAGCAAAUGCGUUUCACUUUGGCCUCCUUUUUGGCUCAAGCCGUGCAAGAUAUUAAGCAAUUCCGUGAGGGCCAAAUCGACCCCCAAAAAUAUAUGGAGUGGUGCGACAAAUAUCAAGCUCAAAUUGUUGUCUUGGCUGCCCAGAUUUUAUGGUCCGAGGAUGUGGAAGCCGCUUUGCAGCAGGCUUCAGAGACCAAUAGUACCAAACCACUGCAGCGUGUAUUGGGUACGGUGGAAUCAACUUUGAAUGUCUUGGCUGAUUCUGUAUUGCAGGAGCAGCCACCAUUGCGCCGAAAGAAAUUGGAACACUUGAUUAAUGAAUUUGUACACAAACGUACCGUUACCAGGCGUUUAAUAACCAAUGGUGUAACACAUCCCAAAUCAUUCCAAUGGUUAACGGAAAUGAGAUUCUAUUUCGAUCCCAGGCAGACAGUGGUCCUUCAACAACUCACCAUACACAUGGCCAAUGCACGCUUCUUUUAUGGCUUCGAAUAUCUUGGAGUCCAAGAUCGCCUGGUACAAACGCCUUUGACCGAUCGUUGCUAUUUGACUAUGACCCAAGCUUUAGAAUCACGUUUGGGUGGUUCUCCCUUUGGUCCUGCCGGUACUGGUAAAACUGAAUCCGUCAAAGCUUUGGGUAAUCAGUUGGGUCGCUUUGUAUUGGUCUUCAACUGUGACGAAACAUUCGAUUUCCAAGCCAUGGGUCGUAUCUUUGUGGGUCUCUGCCAAGUAGGCGCCUGGGGUUGCUUCGAUGAAUUCAAUCGUCUGGAGGAACGCAUGCUCUCAGCUUGUUCGCAACAAAUUCAGACCAUACAGGAAGCCCUUAAAUAUGAGAUGGACAGUAACAAGGAAAGCAUUACCGUUGAAUUGGUGGGCAAACAGGUGCGCGUUUCCACCGAUAUGGCCAUAUUUAUUACCAUGAAUCCUGGUUACGCUGGUCGUUCCAAUUUACCCGAUAACUUAAAGAAACUCUUCCGUUCAUUGGCCAUGACCAAACCCGAUCGCCAAUUGAUUGCUGAGGUUAUGUUAUUCUCGCAAGGCUUCCGUUCUGCUGAAAAAUUGGCUUGCAAAAUUGUACCAUUCUUCAAGCUUUGCGAUGAGCAAUUGUCCAACCAAUCUCAUUAUGAUUUCGGUUUGCGUGCUUUGAAGUCGGUACUUAUCUCGGCGGGUAAUGUUAAGCGUGAUCGUAUCCAAAAGAUCAAGGAAACGCUAAAGCAACGAGGUGAGGAGAAUAUUGACGAGGCGUCAGUAGCUGAAAAUCUACCAGAACAGGAGAUUCUCAUACAAUCGGUGUGUGAGACCAUGGUACCCAAAUUGGUGGCUGAAGAUAUACCGCUGCUAUUCUCUUUGUUGAGUGAUGUCUUCCCCAAUGUUGGCUAUACUCGUGCCGAAAUGAAGGGUCUCAAGGAAGAGAUUCGUAAAGUGUGUCAAGAGGAUUAUUUGGUUUGUGGUGAAGGUGAUGAACAAGGCGCUGCUUGGAUGGAAAAGGGAUUUGGUGAAACUUGGGUUGAUAAAGUAUUGCAACUGUAUCAAAUUUCUCGCCUCAAUCAUGGUUUGAUGAUGGUUGGUCCUUCGGGCUCUGGUAAAUCUACAGCUUGGCGUACCCUACUUAAGGCUUUGGAACGUUUCGAAGGCACCGAAGGUGUGGCCCAUGUCAUUGAUCCCAAGGCCAUCUCCAAGGAGGCUUUGUAUGGUGUUCUGGAUCCCAAUACUCGUGAAUGGACCGACGGUCUUUUCACUCAUGUCUUGCGUAAAAUCAUUGAUAAUGUUCGUGGUGAAAUAAACAAACGUCAAUGGAUCAUCUUUGAUGGUGAUGUGGAUCCUGAAUGGGUUGAAAAUUUGAAUUCUGUUUUGGAUGACAAUAAACUUUUGACUUUGCCCAAUGGUGAACGUUUGUCUUUGCCACCCAAUGUUCGCAUAAUGUUUGAAGUACAAGAUUUGAAAUAUGCCACAUUGGCCACAGUAUCACGUUGCGGUAUGGUGUGGUUCUCCGAAGAUGUUCUAUCCACGGAAAUGAUCUUUGAGAACUAUUUGUUGCGUUUGCGCUCGAUUCCUCUGGAGGAUACCGAUGACGAUUUUGUUGGUAUUGCCAAGCCGGCCAAGGACAAGGAAGAUGAGGUAUCGCCUUCGCUGCAAGUUCAAAGGGAUAUUGCCAUGUUGUUGCAGCCCUUCUUCUCAGCCGAUGGUAUUGUGGUGCGCAGCUUGGAGUAUGCUGCCAGUGAGCAAGAGCACAUUAUGGACUUUACGCGUUUGAGGGCUUUGAGUUCUUUGUUCUCCAUGUUGAAUCAAGCCGCCAGAAAUAUUUUAAAUUAUAAUUCAACUCAUCCUGAUUUCCCCUUCUCCAAUGAUCAAUUGGAGCAGUAUAUAACAAAAUCUUUGAUUUAUUCUGUACUAUGGUCCUUUGCCGGUGAUGCCAAGCUGAAGGUGCGCACCGAUUUGGGUGAUUUUGUACGCAGUGUCACCACUGUUCCCUUGCCUGGCGCCGCCGGAGUACCCAUUAUAGAUUACGAAGUCAGCAUGAAUGGAGAAUGGGUACCCUGGUCCAACAAAGUGCCCGUUAUUGAAGUGGAAACUCACAAAGUGGCUUCACCCGAUAUUGUGGUGCCCACUUUGGAUACAGUAAGACAUGAGUCCUUGCUUUACACCUGGUUGGCUGAGCACAAACCUUUGGUCUUAUGUGGUCCUCCUGGUUCUGGUAAAACCAUGACUUUGUUCUCUGCCCUUCGAGCUUUGCCCGAUAUGGAAGUUGUUGGCUUGAAUUUCUCCUCGGCCACCACUCCCGAGCUAUUGCUUAAGACUUUCGAUCAUUACUGCGAAUAUCGCAAAACACCCAAUGGCGUUGUUCUCUCACCAGUACAGAUUGGCAAAUGGUUAGUCUUGUUCUGCGAUGAAAUCAAUUUACCCGAUAUGGACUCCUAUGGAACACAGCGUGUAAUUUCCUUCUUGAGACAAUUAGUUGAGCACAAAGGUUUCUAUCGUGCCAGCGAUCAGGCUUGGGUAUCUUUGGAACGCAUACAAUUUGUGGGAGCCUGUAAUCCUCCCACAGAUCCGGGACGUAAACCUUUGUCACAUCGUUUCUUGCGUCAUGUACCCAUUAUCUAUGUGGAUUAUCCUGGCGAGACUUCAUUGAAACAGAUUUAUGGCACCUUCUCUCGUGCCAUGUUACGUUUGAUGCCUACACUACGAGGUUAUGCUGAGCCAUUGACCAAUGCCAUGGUUGAAUUUUAUUUGGCUUCUCAAGAUCGUUUCACCCAAGAUAUGCAGCCGCAUUAUGUCUACUCGCCUCGCGAAAUGACUCGUUGGGUUCGUGGUAUCUGCGAGGCUAUUAGGCCUUUGGAUUCUCUGCCCGUUGAAGGCUUGGUACGCAUUUGGGCCCAUGAAGCUUUGCGUCUCUUCCAAGAUCGUCUAGUUGACGAUUCCGAACGCAGAUGGACCAAUGAAAACAUCGAUUUGGUUGCUUUGAAACACUUCCCUGGUAUUAAUUCUGAGGAAGCCUUGGCUCGUCCCAUACUUUACAGUAAUUGGUUAUCGAAGGACUACAUGCCGGUUAAUCGCGAAGAACUACGCGAUUAUGUUCGUGCUCGUCUAAAGGUCUUCUACGAAGAAGAAUUAGAUGUACCCCUGGUGUUGUUCGAUGAAGUUUUGGAACAUGUGUUGCGCAUUGAUCGUAUCUUCCGGCAACCCCAAGGCCAUUUAUUGCUUAUUGGUGUUUCCGGUGCUGGCAAGACGACGUUAUCGCGUUUUGUUGCUUGGAUGAAUGGCUUGUCCAUUUUCCAAAUCAAGGUACACAAUAAAUACACUGGAGAAGAUUUCGAUGAGGAUUUGCGUUCGGUGUUACGUCGCUCGGGCUGCAGAGAUGAAAAGAUUGCUUUCAUUUUGGACGAAUCCAAUGUAUUGGAUUCGGGAUUCUUGGAACGCAUGAACACAUUGUUGGCCAACGGUGAAGUGCCUGGUCUUUUCGAGGGCGAUGAAUACACAACAUUGAUGACUCAGUGUAAGGAAGGUGCGCAGCGCGAAGGCUUGAUGUUAGAUUCAAGUGAUGAAUUAUACAAAUGGUUCACUCAACAGGUUAUGCGCAACUUGCACGUUGUCUUCACCAUGAAUCCCUCUACCGAUGGUCUUAAAGAUCGUGCUGCCACUUCGCCAGCCUUAUUCAAUCGUUGUGUACUCAAUUGGUUUGGUGAUUGGUCCGAUUCUGCCCUCUUCCAGGUGGGCAAAGAAUUUACCACAAGAGUCGAUUUGGAGAAACCAAGUUGGACUUCUCCCGAUUUCUUCCCCUCGGUUUGCCAUUUGGUACCAGCUCAACCAACACAUCGCGAUGCGGUUAUCAACAGCUGUGUCUAUGUUCAUCAAACGCUGCACCAGGCCAAUGCUCGUUUGGCCAAACGUGGUGGACGCACCAUGGCUGUUACACCACGUCAUUACUUGGACUUUAUACAUCAUUUCGUUAAACUGUACAAUGAAAAACGCAGUGAUUUGGAAGAACAACAAUUACAUUUAAAUGUUGGCUUGAAUAAGAUUGCCGAAACCGUGGAACAGGUGGAGGAAAUGCAAAAAUCCUUGGCUGUUAAGAAACAAGAAUUGCAGGCCAAGAAUGAGGCUGCCAAUGCCAAAUUGAAACAAAUGUUCAAGGAUCAACAGGAGGCCGAAAACAAGAAGAAACAAUCCCAAGAAUUGCAAAACAAAUUGGCCGAGCAAACCAUAAAGGUGGAGGAGAAACGUAAAUAUGUCAUGGCCGAUUUGGCUCAAGUAGAGCCAGCUGUUAUUGACGCACAACAAGCUGUAAAAUCUAUACGCAAACAACAACUUGUUGAGGUGAGAACAAUGGCAAAUCCACCAUCGGUGGUGAAAUUGGCCCUUGAAUCGAUCUGUUUGCUACUGGGAGAGAAUGCAACCGAUUGGAAAUCGAUUCGUGCCGUUAUAAUGCGGGAAAAUUUCAUAAAUUCAAUUGUAUCUAACUUCAGUACAGAGAUGAUAACCGAUGAAGUUCGUGAAAAAAUGAAAUCCAAGUAUUUGAGCAAUCCUGAUUACAACUUCGAGAAAGUAAAUCGUGCCUCAUUGGCUUGUGGUCCUAUGGUCAAAUGGGCUAUCGCUCAGAUCGAGUAUGCUGACAUGUUGAAACGUGUCGAACCAUUGCGUGAUGAAUUGCGUUCACUUGAGGAACAGGCUGCCAUCAAUAAAACCAAUGCAGAUGAGACUAAGGCUUUGGUUGAACAGCUAGAACAAAGUAUUGCCGCCUACAAGGAGGAAUAUGCCCAGUUGAUUUCCCAAGCACAGGCUAUUAAGACGGAUUUGGAGAACGUCCAAGCUAAGGUAGAUCGUUCCAUUGCUUUGCUUAAGAGUUUGAAUAUUGAACGCGAACGUUGGGAGUGCACAAGUGAGACAUUCAAAUCGCAAAUGUCCACCAUUAUUGGUGAUGUCCUGCUGUCGGCGGCCUUUAUUGCCUAUGGCGGUUAUUUUGAUCAGCAUUAUCGCACCAAUCUCUUUACCACCUGGAGUCAACACUUACAAUCGGCUAAUAUACAAUAUCGUGCAGAUAUUGCCCGUACCGAAUAUUUGUCUAAUCCUGAUGAACGUUUAAGAUGGCAGGCAAAUGCUUUGCCUACAGAUGACUUGUGCACUGAGAACGCCAUUAUGCUGAAGAGGUUCAAUAGAUAUCCCUUGAUUAUCGAUCCAUCUGGCCAGGCGACCACUUUCUUACUCAACGAAUAUGCGGGUAAAAAGAUUACCAAGACCAGUUUCUUGGAUGAUUCAUUCCGUAAGAAUUUGGAAUCGGCCUUACGUUUCGGUAAUCCACUAUUGGUGCAAGAUGUUGAAAAUUAUGAUCCUAUAUUGAACCCGGUCUUGAAUCGUGAAUUGAGACGUAGUGGCGGUCGUGUUUUGAUUACCCUUGGUGAUCAAGAUAUCGAUUUGUCGCCAUCGUUUGUCAUAUUCCUUUCAACCAGAGACCCGACUGUAGAAUUCCCACCGGACAUAUGUUCUCGUGUGACUUUUGUGAACUUUACCGUCACCAGGAGUUCACUACAAUCGCAGUGCUUGAACCAAGUGCUGAAGGCUGAACGUCCAGAUAUUGAUGAGAAGAGAUCCGACUUGUUGAAGCUGCAAGGAGAAUUCCGUUUGCGUUUGAGACAAUUGGAGAAGAGCUUGUUGCAGGCUCUCAAUGAUGCCAAGGGCAAGAUUUUGGAUGACGAUUCGGUUAUCGCCACUCUGGAGACAUUGAAGAAGGAGGCCUAUGACAUCAACCAGAAGGUGGAUGAGACCGAUAAGGUCAUAGCUGAAAUUGAGACGGUGUCGCAGCAGUAUCUACCAUUGUCGGUGGCUUGCAGCAACAUUUACUUCACCAUGGACAGUUUGAACCAAGUGCAUUUCCUUUAUCAAUACUCUUUGAAAAUGUUCCUGGAUAUAUUCUCGACUGUGCUGUAUAACAACAAGAAAUUGGAUGGCAAAUCAGACAACACCGAGCGACUGGGCAUCAUAACGCGUGAUCUCUUCCAAGUGUGCUAUGAUAGAGUGGCUCGUGGUAUGCUUCACAAUGAUCGCUUGACCUUUGCUUUGUUGAUGUGCAAGAUUCAUCUGAAGGGCACCACUGAAAUGAAUCUGGAUGCCGAAUUCAAUUUCUUCCUGAGAAGCAAAGAAGGUUUGAUGGCCAAUGCUACCCCUGUGGAGGGUCUAAGUUACGAACAAAUCGAUGGUGUUAACCGUCUGGCCACACGUGUACCCAUAUUCCGUAAAUUGAUUGAAAAACUAAGUUCCAUUCCCGAAUUGGGUGCCUGGUUGCAGCAAAGCUCACCCGAACAAUGUGUACCCCAACUAUGGGAUGAAUCGAAGGCUCUCAGCCCCAUAUCCACAGCCGUACACCAGUUGUUGUUGAUUCAGGCUUUCCGACCAGAUCGUGUUAUUGCUGCCGCACACAAUGUUGUCAAUUCUGUGCUGGGCUCAGAUUUCAUGCAAACUGCCGAGGAUGAAUUGGACUUUGCCUCAGUAGUGGAGAAACAAUUGAACUGCAAUACCCCUGCUCUACUGUGCUCAGUACCAGGUUUCGAUGCUUCCGGACGUGUUGAUGAUUUGGCAGCCGAGCUGAACAAGCAAAUUUCCAGCAUUGCCAUUGGUUCGGCCGAAGGUUUCAAUCAAGCCGAGUCUGCCAUCAACAUGGCCUGCAAGAGUGGCCGUUGGGUAAUGUUGAAAAACGUACACUUGGCACCUCAAUGGCUGGUGCAACUGGAGAAGAAAAUGCACUCCCUGCAGCCGCAUUCUAACUUCCGUCUAUUCCUGACCAUGGAAAUCAAUCCCAAGGUGCCAGUUAAUCUUCUAAGGGCUGGCAGAAUCUUCGUCUUUGAACCACCACCAGGCAUCAGGGCCAAUUUGUUGAGAACAUUCUCCACAGUGCCAGCGGCUCGCAUGAUGAAGACACCCAGUGAGAGGGCUCGUUUGUACUUCCUUUUGGCUUGGUUCCAUGCCAUUGUCCAAGAACGCUUGCGUUACGUGCCUCUCGGUUGGGCCAAGAAGUAUGAAUUCAAUGAAAGUGAUUUGAGAGUGGCUUGUGAUACCUUGGACACUUGGAUUGAUAGCACAGCCAUGGGUCGCACAAAUCUGCCACCCGAAAAGGUGCCAUGGGAUGCUUUAGUGACGCUGCUGUCGCAGUCCAUUUAUGGCGGUAAAAUCGAUAAUGACUUUGAUCAGCGUUUGCUGCAAUCUUUCUUAAAGAAACUGUUCACUGCUCGCUCCUUUGAAGCCGACUUUGCCUUGGUGGCCAAUGUGGAUGGAGCAUCGGGAGGUCAACGCCACAUCACCAUGCCAGAUGGUACACGUAGAGAUCACUUCCUGAAAUGGAUUGAAAAUCUCACCGAUAGACAAACACCUUCGUGGUUGGGCUUGCCUAACAAUGCUGAAAAGGUCUUGCUUACCACACGUGGCACAGAUUUGGUUAGCAAACUCUUGAAAAUGCAACAGUUGGAGGAUGACGACGAAUUGGCCUACACUGUGGAAGAGACCAAUGAACAAGCUGCUGCGGCAGCCGCCCAACGUGAAGAUGGCAGACCUUCGUGGAUGAAGACUUUGCAUAAUUCGGCUACCGCUUGGUUGGAGUUAUUGCCCAAAAAUCUACAGACACUCAAAAGAACUGUGGAGAACAUCAAAGAUCCACUUUAUCGUUACUUUGAACGCGAAGUUACCAUGGGAGCCAAACUGCUGCAGACGGUUAUUUCCGACUUGCAGGAUGUGGUGCUCAUUUGCCAGGGAGAAAAGAAGCAAACCAAUCAUCAUCGCUCCAUGUUGUCUGAAUUGGUAAGGGGCAUAAUACCCAAGGGCUGGAAACGUUAUACAGUACCAGCUGGUUGCACAGUCAUUCAAUGGGUGACCGAUUUCAGCAAUCGUAUACAACAACUACAAAAGGUAUCACAAUUGGUGUCUCAGGCAGGUGCCAAGGAGCUGCAAGGAUUCCCCGUCUGGUUGGGAGGUUUGUUGAAUCCCGAGGCCUAUAUAACGGCCACACGUCAAUGUGUGGCCCAAGCCAAUAGCUGGUCUCUGGAAGAAUUGGCUUUGGAAGUUACUAUAACCGAGACCGGAGUCAACACUGAAACCAAGGACAGCAGUUUCGGUGUAAGUGGCCUGAAAUUGCAGGGAGCCCAUUGCAAGAAUAACGAAUUGCUAUUGGCCACCACCAUUAUGAUGGAUUUACCAUUGACAGUGCUGAAAUGGGUGAAGCUUACUACGGAACAUCGUGUCAGCAAAUUGACUUUGCCUGUCUACUUAAACUCUACACGCUCCGAAUUGCUGUUCACCAUUGAUAUGGCUGUGGCGGCUGGCCAAGAUCCUCAUAGCUUCUAUGAACGCGGUGUGGCUGUAUUGACUUCAACCGCUUUGAAUUAAGAACAUUACAACGCAAAUUAUUUGAACUCAAAAGAAAAUUCUAUAUAUAUACUCCUAUCUAAUGAAUGAAUAAUUAAAAAUACUUCAUAUGCAUGAAAAAAAUAUUAAAACUUAAAAUAUAUAUAACUGCUUUCUAAAAGAUUUGAAUUAAAUAAAUAUGAAUGUGCAAAAACUAAUGAAGAAA